UGUACCGAGAUUGGACACCCGGGACUUACGUGUUGGUGGCUGACCGCGACGGGCUGUGGUGUGCAGAUCCCGAGUUCCUACAAGAUCGUCGAAGAUUGUCGCCGAUGCCCACGCCUCCGGUUGGAAUCUCCAGCCGCCGUCGGACUCGGAGGGCGAUCGAAUUGAGAGCUGGCUGGCUUCUUAAGCGGAUCGACUUUAAUUGGCUUAUUCAAUCGAUCCCCAGAUUUUAUAGGCUGGCUUGCGGAGAACUCUCGACCGUUUGGUUGAAAGCAAUUCUUUUGGUGAGGUCUGGCUGACCACAGUUACGUCCAGAUUAACGGCAGCUUGGUUUAAGUCGGCGUGAUGAUCUCUGUCUCUGUCUCUCCGAUAAGACUGACUCAGCCUGCCAAUAAUGCAUGAACAAACACUAGUUUAUAAAACCCACUGAGUCAGCAUCACACCGCCAUUGUAAAUAAAUACCAUCACCCCAUCUGCUUGAUCUUCUCCAACCCACCUCCCCGGUUCAACUUCACACUCUCUUCAAAUGUGACUGCUCUCUGAAGCUGGAGCAUGUGUAUCCUUAUAAACCCAGCUGCAUAGGACCAUCGCAACCACAACAGUUACCUCAGAGAUAAAUACAUAGAUUACUAACUAAGAACAGAUAAUAGCUAAUCAUAGUCCUUCCUGUUGCAUGUUCCAACUUGGACGAUGAAGCUCGCCGAUCAACUAUUCCAUCUCAAUCGGCCCGCUAACCCUUUCCCUGAACCGGUCCCCCAGCAACCGGGGAACCUCUCAUUAGGUUUCAUUUACCCACAUCCCUUCAGUCAGCAGCAUUCUACUGAGGAUGAAUCUAACCCGUUUCCGAAGGAUUCCGGAACAGACUGCUCCAAGUUGAAUCCUAUUGAACGCUCUGGUGGUGGCUUUGGUCACCACUGGGAUCUGAAUCGCUCGCAUGCCCAGCAGAUCGAAAGCUCUCACUUCUCGCCAGCGACUUGGGGUGAUUCAGGACGGGGAGAGACUUCGACCUCCUUUGAUGGUCCUCCCACUAGUGAAUCCGCUCCAGGCAAUCAUUCUAAACCUUCUCCGGUUCCAACUCAUUUUGAUUCGCAGUUGAAUGGAGCUCAACUCUCUGCCUUUACCCUCAUGAGAUCCAAUGAGCCACUACUUCCCAAAACGGAUGGUCAAAAUUCUUCAGACUCCACCGAAAAGGAUGCGUCUCCGGAAGAUGAUCAAAACAGUUACUUGAAUGAUCACAUCAUGCCUUGGAAUAUCAUAUCGGCGAGUUCCUCCCACGGAGACACGACGGCUUCCCCCUCAGUGAUCCAGCGUCCUGAGGAACGAAGACCGAAGCGUUGGAAGCGUAAAAUGACAGAUAGGAGACGAGAGCAGAACAGGGCCCACCAGAGAGCUUUCCGAGAACGACACAGACUCUCGUUAAAACAAAAGGAUGUGUUGAUAAGUCAGCUGGAAGAACGCUUGAUUCGAUCUCAAGAGGCUAUGGUAGAGCGGAGCGAACAGAUCCGAAGCUUGAGCGCACGGUUGGACGUCUACUUCCCUCAGCGCGGAACGUCAUCUGCGCCAUGAAUUUUAUCGGGUUUAACUUACGUCGACGCUAGCCAUUUUGUUAGAUCAUCUCAUUAUUCAAUACCAGGUGAUAAUUUGAAGGUCGAUUUCGGUUGAUUUUCAAGUAUAAGCACAUUCCAUUCGAAAAUAAUCACAAAAUAGCCAUAAAGAUGCUUCGAACAAAUGCUGUCAUAUUAAUAUUAGCACUCAACCAUCUAAUCAACUCAUCUGUCAAAAGAAAAUCCGUA